UUUAACACUCGAAAGCUCCACUACCUGCCACCAAAUUCCCCCAUGCAAAUAUCUUCACGGAGCUCCAAUGAUUCCACCAAUGCCAACAUUCUCUUCCCCUCCAUAACCCAUCUUCUUCCCAACCCCACACAAUCCAGUUCUAAUCCAAAUCCCCAUUGAUCCUCUUUUGUUACAAAUACAAACGUCACUACGUUUGCAAUUUCUCAAGCAUCGGCCAUAAUUCAGGCCCUUGCCUACUUUGCUUUGCGCUCUGAAAAUUUCAAGGAGACUGGUUUUGCCUAUCGGAUAUGUGGGUAGUGACUGCUUUCUGGAAUUAAAUGGCUCGAGAAGGGUUCCUGGUGCCGGUUGAGACUCAAGCUUCUUUGAAGAAGAAGACAGCCGUUUCAACGAGCUGGGUUUUUCUGGACAACAGUGGGGAAAGUACCAUUCUGGAUGUUGACAAGUAUGCUAUUAUGCGACGGGUUCAGAUUCACGCCAGAGAUCUUCGAAUCCUCGAUCCCCUGCUUUCUUAUCCUUCCACCAUUCUUGGUAGAGAAAAAGUUAUUGUACUCAAUUUGGAGCACAUUAAAGCAAUAGUAACCGCAGAAGAGGUAUUGCUUCGAGAUCCUUUUGAUGAUAAUGUAAUCCCGAUAGUCGAGGAACUUCAAAGGCGAUUGCCUUUAGCAAGUUCCAUUUGCCUUGGCCAAGGAGAAGAAGAAGAGCACCCAAGCACUGAAAGUGGUGAAGAAAAUGAAUUUCCAUUUGAAUUCCGAGCUUUAGAAGUUGUUCUCGAAGCCAUUUGUAGUUUUCUUGAUGCACGCACAAGAGAACUAGAGACUGAUGUAUAUCCGGCUUUAGAUGAGCUGACGUCCAAGAUUAGCAGUCGAAAUUUGGAUCGGGUGCGAAAACUGAAGAGUGCAAUGACAAGGUUGACAAAUCGAGUUCAAAAGGUUAGGGAUGAACUUGAACAACUUCUUGAUGAUGAUGAGGAUAUGUCAGAUCUUUACUUGUCAAGAAAGUUGUCCUGGACAUCUUCACCUGUCACUGGCUUUGAUGCUCCUAAUUGGUUUAUUAACUCUCCGACUACGGGCUCAAAGAUAUCCAAAACAAGUAGGGCAAGUGCUGCAACAACUCAAGAGGAGGAUGAUAUUGAUGAGCUUGAAAUGUUGCUUGAGGCAUACUUUAUGCAAAUUGAUGGUACGAUGCACAAAUUGACAACGAUGCGUGAAUACAUUGAUGACACAGAGGAUUACAUAAAUAUCCAGCUUGAUAAUCAUCGAAAUCAGCUGAUUCAGCUGGAAUUGUUGCUAAGUUCUGGAACUGUUUCUUUGUCUGUGUAUUCUUUGGUGGCUGCAAUGUUUGGAAUGAACAUCCCAACUAUGUGGAAAGACGACCAUGGAUACGUAUUUAAAUGGGUGGUCAUCCUCGCAGGAGUAGUUUGUGCAUCUCUCUUCUUAUCAAUAAUUUCAUAUGCUCGGCACAAAGGUCUUGUUGGUUCUUGAAAUUCGUAAACAAGUUUAAAGGAUAUGCAUAAUAAAGAUCGCUAUUGGGCAUUGGUGAAUUGGAAGACCGUAGUUUACAGCUUGAUUUAAUCAAGUGCAUUGCAACCAGUAGUGUUUUUCCUCGUGAGAUAUAUGUAGAUGGGUGCACUGGUUAUUAGUCAUCAAAAUGACUAAAAGUUGUUUACAGUAAAUAACCAUUUUGUUGGCAUCACUGUCAGAGAUGACAAGUUCCCUUGGUCCUAAUGCAUAAAUAAUUGCAGGAGAGUUGCUAUGGACUCUCUACUGCUUGGGAUGUCUGAAAAUUACCGCAUUUGCUUUGCAGCAUUCAUUUGGAUAGAAAUUACCCCUCUUCUUAA